UUGAAGAUGUCAGCAGAUAUACCAUUAAAUAUUAAUAUCAAGGAGCCCCGAUGGGAUCAAAGCACUUUUGUUGGACGAGCCAGUCACUUCUUUACUGUAACAGACCCUCGGAAUAUUUUAUUAUCUGAUGCUCAGCUGGAAAAUGCAAGAAAAAUUGUGCAUGAUUACAGACAAGGUAUCGUGGCUCCUGGCUUGACAGAAGAUGACUUGUGGAGAGCAAAAUAUAUCUAUGAUUCAGCCUUUCACCCAGACACUGGUGAAAAGAUGGUGUUGAUUGGCCGAAUGUCGGCUCAGGUACCCAUGAACAUGACUAUCACAGGUUGUAUGAUGACCUUUUAUAGAACGACACCAGCCGUGGUUUUCUGGCAGUGGAUUAACCAGUCCUUCAAUGCUAUAGUAAAUUACACGAACAGGAGCGGUGAUGCCCCAAUUACUGUCAGCCAGCUGGGAACAGCCUAUGUUUCUGCUACCACGGGUGCUGUCGCAACAGCUUUAGGACUUAAUGCACUAACAAAGCAUGUCUCACCUCUUAUAGGACGGUUUGUUCCUUUUGCUGCUGUUGCUGCUGCGAACUGCAUUAAUAUUCCACUAAUGAGACAAAGGGAACUCAAGUUUGGAAUCCCUGUCACUGAUGAGAAUGGAAACAGACUGGGUGAAUCAACAAAAGCAGCUCAGCAGGCAAUUACCCAGGUGGUUAUAUCAAGGAUUCUAAUGGCUGCGCCUGGCAUGGCAAUUCCUCCCUUCAUAAUGAAUACACUGGAAAAGAGAGCCUUUUUAAAGAGAUUUCCUUGGAUGAGUGCUCCCAUUCAAGUUGGAUUAGUUGGAUUCUGUCUUGUGUUUGCAACACCCCUGUGUUGUGCACUGUUUCCUCAGAAAAGUUCUAUGUCUGUAACACGCUUGGAGCCAGAACUGCAAGCCAAGAUCCGAGAGAACAGCCCUGACCUAGAACGUGUAUACUUUAAUAAAGGAUUAUAAUUCAAGGAAGGGAAAAUAUAUUUCAAGGAGGAUCUUGUGAACUUAUUUUUAAUUAUGUGCCAACAUAGUUGAAGAUGAGAACUCACUUCUAACUGUCCUUUUGUUAAACAACUUUGUCAUCCGCAUUAUUUUAUAUUUAAAGACUUUCCUCGUUGUAUUGUUUAAAUUACAAAAGGUCAUUUUGUCCACUUUGGUAUUGAUUAAAAGUUCAACCAUACAUAUCCAAAAAUGUUUACAUAAGCUCUCAAGCAGCUACAAUAA